UUUUCUAUCUCGCUUUCUCUUCUAAUCUUCUUCUUUACAGUGACUGCACUUCGUUAAUCUGGACCAUCCUCUCUCUACGAGGUUGACCCUUUCAAUUAGUGCACAGAGAAAAUUGCUUGGUUUCGUUAGCUGCUGGCCCGUCCUCGGACCCCAUAAUAGCCAGUUUCUUGAUAGUAGCCUUGCGACAUCUCCUCGCCGUCUAUGUAUCUUCAGUCAAUGCUGCGCUUAUUAAGAACGAGCAAAGGAUCCGCGCCAGGGACUCUCGGCAACCCUUGCCUCCACCUCGUAAACGGCAAUUGAAACACGUAAGCCGUAAUAUAUGGAGGCUUAUUGUAGUCAAAACUCAGCCUGCUCGCUCUCGGUAAUUGAUCUCGUUUCUUUUGUUUUUGUCCAUCAACUCGCCAAUAAAUAUGUGUAUAGAAACCCCUCAAAGCUGUAUGAGACCCACACGCUAUACCGGAAUCCGCAAUGGGCCCCAGCUUGGGCUCCAUAGGACGUGCGAUUGUCAUCAUGAUCACCUGAAACAGGACGUGAAUUCCGGGCUCGCAGAGACUUUCUCGUGUAGAGCAGAAGCACGAGUGAGUUGAGGCUGCCAGGCGCACCAGCAUUGCGCAAAGACUGACGAGUGGCGAGCUGUCUAGGAUUACUGCGAUACCCGGCCCGUCCGCUUUCCAGCAGUCCUCCCUGUCCAGGAAGUCAUCCCGAAGAUCGACCAUUCUGAAAAUCACCUCAUCGCCACUCAUGCCUACGACGAAGUCCCGCUCAACUACACCCUAACCUCCCUCCACCCUCUCCCUCCCGAAAUUCGCGAGAUCAUCUUUGAUUUCGCCGGCCACAUCUCCCACAAACCCACACUUCUCAAUGUCCUUCUCACCUCCAAAAAGAACUACCUGAAGUAUUUCGACAAUCUAUACCGCCGAGUCCGUCUGACGGCCACCAACGCUGCGCCAUUCUUCGACCAUGUGCUAGGCCUCACCCAGGCAGACAUCGCGGCAGAUCUGGAUCCCCACGCCGACAAGCUCUACGAGUACCUCAUCGGCAUUGGGAAUACGAUCCUUUCCUGGGGUCCGAGAACGUGGUUCCCUUCCCCCAUCUUGCGGCGGAUCUACGCUGCUUCCUGCGUCGACGUCCUCAUCCUAUCCGAUCCCAAGUCGGUCUUUAUCACCCGCGACGCUAUCCUCAGCUUUCAAAGCUGGGUCACAUACCGCCCAAAAGAUAUCUGGGACCCAACAAGAUACAAACGAGAAGGGGACCAGUUGAUCGAGCUGACAAGCUGUCAAUGGUCGCUGUUCUACGGCCUUGAGUGGCUCGUGCUUGGAGAAGAAGUCUUGCGGGAGAUGAGAGAUACCACAAUUGAUUGGCAAGGUAUCUUCAGCGAAAUGUCUUCCGGCGCUGGUAAAUUCAACCGACACAUCAACGUAUGCUGCCACUUUCCCAAUAUCGACCAUCUCGACGUCCCCACGGCUGCUCUAGCGCCUUUUCUCCAAAAAGACUUUGAAGAUGAGGGCCUGGACGAGGGGCAGAUUGUGUGUCUUCACAAUGUGAACCCUGCCCAUUUAAAAUUGCCGGUACAGGCGGAGGAGAUGCGGAUCUACCUCCCGCCUUCUGACCCGUCGAAGCCUGAAGCGGAAGCUGGAUUCGAGUCGAUCGCGUCGAUGUUGAAGACAUACCAUGGUAUGGCCGAGCUGCCCGUCGACGCCCGAGAACGACCAUGGGUGAUCCCCCGCUUCCUCCGGAUAUACGACAGCUCCAGCACCAGCAUAGACACAGUCCGCGACACUUUACGCUCCAGUAUGGAUUGGGACGAGGGUCUGUGGAAAUUAUGGACGGAGGGGGUGGAGCUCGCAAAUGGGAGGGGGGUGGACCCUUGUCCGGGAUGUGGAUGUGGGUUCUGAAAUGGAUCCUCGUCUCGCCCGACUGCCCAUGUAUCAUCAAACUCUUGCAUACUGAACCUGCAUCUUUGUAAUAUCGUAGACGGUAUCCAAUUCGUGUUGUAAUGUAUUGAUAUAGAACAGGAAUGCAUUGUCAAUCUUUCUUACAGCAA